AUGUCCUUGCAUAAAGAAGCAGUUGAAGAGUAUGAAGAAAGUCUGCGUAUUGAUCCUUCGAACCAUUUAACCUACAACAAUCGAGCAUUAUAUUACAAUGACAGUGAACAUGAGAAUGCCAUUCUCUACUACAAGUUUGCCAUACGGUUAAAACCCACUUAUCAUUUACCAAUUGCAAACUUGGGAUAUACCUACUCGCAAAUGAACAAGUACGACGAAGCCAUUGAUUUAUUCUCCAAAGCUCUCUUCUUAGGUCCCAACAAUAUUACAGCACUUGCCAACAGAGGAUAUUGUUACAUGAGAAAAAAUCAAUACGAUGAAGCAUCGAAAGAUUAUCUCAAAUUAGUGCUAGAACUGAAAAGUGAGGAACGAAAUAUUUUAUACAAUCUCUCAUUGUGCAUGUAUCAAAAGAAAUUGUACAAGGAGGCUAUUUAUUAUGCGACCAAAAUACUUUCUAAAAACCCGAAUGAUGAAUGGGUACUCUAUAAUCGAUCCCUAUUCUUUGAAAAGGCACAAUUAUUUGUUGAAGCAUUGGAGGACAUUGAAAAGUUUUUGACCAUCAUGCCAAGCAAUGCAGCGGGUUUGGUUUUAAGUCAACGAUUAAGAACAGUUGUGAAUAGAAUUACGAGGGUGUGUUAA